AUGUCCGAGUCUGAUUAUGAAGAAGAAUUAGGGGAGUCCAAGACGUUUCUCGGUUUUGUUGAUGUUCCCAUCUCCGAAAGUGAACGGCCAGAACUGGAGGACACCUUUAUUGGUGGCAAGCCUAUCUGGUUAAAUCCAAAUUCCCCACCACCAAAAGAGUUACUUCAGUGCAAGAGUUGCCAAGAACCGAUGCAUCUUUUGCUCCAAUGCUACGCCAAUCUUGCAAACACUUUUUAUGACAGAGUGAUCUAUAUAUUUGGCUGCAACAAGGCGCAAUGCAGAAGGAAAAAGGGAUCCGUCAGGGCUCUCAGAGCACUUUCUAAAGAUCCAGACCUUAUCAAGAAAAGAGAACAGGAAUUGGAGGAAUUUGAAAACAAAAAGAAAGUAGCACAACAGAAGGAAGCAGAAACCAAAAGUAAACUGGAAUCUCUCGCUAACAGCCUUUUCAGCCCGUCAGACUCGACUAACGCGCAGUCGAAUCCGUUUUCAAACCCUUUUGCCCAAGAAUCAUCCAAUCCGUUCGCACAACCGGAGAAAAAGGAGCCUGCAAAGCCAACUUACGCUGAGGUGACGAAACCAGUGGAAAAGGCGCGGCCCCAAGUCAGCACAGAGCCAGUGAAUCUUCCAUCUUAUCCUGGAUACAUAUUGUAUGUUGAUCAAGAGGCUUUUGAUCUGAAAAAACAGAAAUUGCCUCCCCUUCCAGAGGUCGAUGCAGCGGCUUCCACCCAAACCUCGCAACCAAAUCCUUCCAAUCCUUCAAAAAUACCAACUUUGGAUGAAAACGUCUCUAAAAUGGUGGACGACCCGACAUUCCAGCAUUUCUCACAUAUUGUUUCGUUCAACCCUACACAGGUGCUUCGUUAUGAUCUCAAUGGAUCACCAUUACUGUACUCUUCUAAAGAUGAUGUGGCCAAAUUGUUCUAUGAUUCUAACGGAAGACUCCGUCCACAAGCACUAAUUCCUAAUCCUCCAUACAAUCCGUCUUCAGAAAGACGAUUCGAACUACAGUUGAUGCCAAAAGCUAUAAUUGAUCUAGAGGCUGGAACUGACGACAUACUGAGCGGAAUGGAAUGGGGAACGAUAAUUGUGGCCACAGACUUGAUGGAUUAUAUUCCCGACCACAUGUACGACCAAAACCAUGUUGGGUACGUGGAAGAAUGGUGUGGAGUUCAAUGGGAGGAAGAAUUAAAACUAUAG